GGGAGAGGUUAAAAUUGAAAAAUAUGAGAUUCAGUAUUUUCCAUUCUCAAGUAGAGAAAAGAAUGAAAUACUCGAAGAUGAAGUGUUCACUUCACGUUGUCUUGUUAAUUUUUGUAAUAUUUGAGAUAUAUCCAUUUUUUGUUCUUGCUGGUUCACCUGUCAAGUAUCUUCCUGGAUUUGAAGGACCACUUCCAUUUCAACUUGAAACCGGGUAUAUAGGAGUAGGUGAAGCAAAUGAGGUGCAACUCUUCUAUUAUUUUAUAAAGUCGCAAUCUAAUUCAAAAAUCGAUCCACUUAUUUAUUGGUUUACGGGAGGUCCUGGUUGCUCUCCAUUGAGUGCGAUUUUAUUUGAAUUAGGACCCAUUACAAUGGAUAUUAGAGCGUAUAAUGGGAGCUUGCCAACGUUGUCUUUAAAUCCAUAUGCAUACACAAAGGUGGCAAACAUGAUUUUUGUAGAUUUGCCAGUAGGGAGUGGAUACUCCUAUGCAACAACACAAAAAGCAAAUUACUCAGAUGAUUUACAGUCAGCUGAUCAUGCUUAUGAAUUUCUUCGAAAGUGGUUAAUUGAGCAUCAAGUAUAUCUCAAUAAUCCUUUCUAUGUUGCUGGAGACUCCUAUAGUGGAAUUACAGUUCCUAUUGUUACUCAAGUCAUAUCAAAUGGUAUUGAUAUGGGAAUCAAGCCACGGAUCAAUCUUAAGGGAUAUAUUCUUGGGAAUCCAGUAACAUCUACUGGUCCAGAUUACAAGUAUAAGGUACCUUUUGCUCAUGCAAUGGGCCUAAUUCCUGAUGAACUAUACAAGUCAUUUGUGACUAAUUGUGGAGGAGAUUAUAGCCAUAGUGAUUCAACCAACCAACUUUGUUCGAGGGACAUACGUACUUUUGAUUGGUUGAUUAAGGAUAUUUAUCAAUAUAAUAUCCUAGAGUCCCCUUGUGAACUUGUAUCACAUGAUUCAAGAAGAUCGUUGGCAGGGAAUGUUCAAAAGCUCAAAAAUCUUACUACAUUUUUUGGAAUUAAAUGUCGAGAAGAAUGGCACGAUCUCUCUGUGAUUUGGGCCAACAAUAAAAUUGUACAAGAUGCUCUACAUGUUCGAAAGACUAGUAUAGCAUGGGAGAGAUGCAGGAACAACUUGUCUUUUGGAACAAUUAUCAACAAUACUGUACCAUAUCAUGCAAAUCUUAGUCGUAAAGGCUUUAGAUCUCUUAUUUACAGUGGUGAUCAUGACAUGGUUGUGCCAUUUAGUUCAACACAAUUAUGGAUUAAAUCACUAAGCUAUUCAAUUAUUGAUGAUUGGAAGCCAUGGGUUGUUGAUGGUCAAGUUGCAGGUUAUACAAGAAGUUAUUCCAACCAAAUGACGUUUGCCACGGUCAAGGGAGGAGGGCAUACGGCCCCUGAGUGGAAACCUGCGGAAUGUCUUGCCAUGUUAAAGCGUUGGUUAUCCCAUGUAUCACUUUAACUAAUUUUUAUCAUUUAUAAUGAAACUCUUUUUGAGUCUAAAAGUACUUUUUAUAGGAUUUUAGUUACAUAUACUAACUGUAUAAUAUAUUUUUAUGUCAUUGGCUUAAUCUAGUUGGCUAUGCUAGGUUGUUACUAUCAGAGUAUAUAUAUAUUAUGAUGGUAUUAAGAAUGAAGAAGCAGUGGUUCAGUGACUAGAACAAAGGAGCAGUCGCGUAAAAUUUAUCAUGCUUCACCCAUUUAAAUAACUUUUGUAAUAUUAUGUGAUGCAUUUUGAAUUCAGGGAAGAGGGCAUAUUGCCCCUGAGUGGAAACUUGUGAUACUCAGUUACUAUAUUGAUACCAUAUUGAUAUUAUAUAGGACUGAACUUAAUCCUCUAUGAUACUCCAUCAGUAUAUUGAUACCUUAUCAAUGUCAUAUAGGAUUGGACACCUUUUUAAAGAAAUAAAUAAGAAACAAUUAAG